CGGUGGUGCGGGUGCUGCGCUCCGGGUCGGCCUGCUGCACCUGCCAGAUCGCCGCUUCGCCCUGCGCGCCCCUUCGCGCUCCCCUUCUCGCCCCUGUCUCACCAGCCUGGUCUCUCAGCCGCAGCCUGACAGCGCAAAGGAGCUGCUUUGUCGCCCGCCCAGCACCCGGCAUGGCCCAGCGGGUGCAUCGCGCUCUGGAUCGGAUCCGUCGCGCCCUGGCCGGGAUGAACAGCCGCGCCUUCUGCUUACACGCCCAAUGAGUGUGGUCGCCGUCCCGGAGACCCUCGUCCGCCACUGCGUUCCCUAUUACCACUGCCACCAGCUCCACCGACUAGGGCCGCUGGCCGCCCCCCGAGAUGGCCUGGAAAGCCGGUGCUUUGGUAGCGGGUGUCCUCUACGACGUCCAAAUCUGGGCACAGCCCCCGAGCUGGUAGCUGCUAGUACACCGAAUGGACCUUGACCCGUGAGCCGUUGCCAGCUUCGUGCCAAACUGAGGGGCACCGGUGGAGCACGCGUCCGGAACCCCCCGAGCCCGCUGGCCUGCGCGGCCAUGAAGAUGAUCCUGGUGCGCAGGUUUCGCGUGCUCAUCCUGGUGGUAUUCUUACUGGCUUGCGCUUUGCACAUUGCUGUUGACCUGCUACCCAAGCUGGACCGGCGCACCACACGAUCCUCCGGGGAGCCCGGCUGCUCCUGUGCUCAGCCGGCGGCAGAAGCAGCUGGUCCAGGCUGGGCCCAGGCAAGGAGCCGACCGGGAGAGUCUGCCGGUGGCGACGCAGGCUGGCCCAACAAACACACACUGCGCAUCCUGCAAGACUUCAGCUCAGAUCCAGCCUCUAACCUAACCUCCCACUCCUUGGAGAAACUGCCUCCUGCAGCGGAGCCGGUAGAUCACGCUCCGCGGGGUCAGGAGCCGGGCUCCCCGCCACCCCGUGACCCCGCGCAUCGGCCGCUGCUUCGAGACCCUGGGCCCCGACCGCGGGUGCCGCCCCCUGGCACCCGCGGGGACAGAUCGCUCUUAGCCAAGUUGUUUGAGCACCCUCUCUACCAGGGGGCUGUGCCUCCUCUGACAGAGGACGACGUCCUGUUUAAUGUGAACAGCGACAUUAGGUUUAACCCCAAGGCAGCAGAGAAUCCUGACUGGCCACAUGAAGGUGCUGAAGGCGCAGAAUUCUUGCCCACUGGUGAGGCAGCUGUGGACCUCUAUCCUAACUGGCUCAAAUUUCACAUCGGCAUCAACCGGUAUGAGCUGUACUCCAGACACAACCCUGCCAUUGAUGCCUUACUUCAGGACCUUGGCUCUCAGAAGAUUACCAGCGUUG